AAAAACAUAUACACAGAUACCUCUUCUUUUAUAUCAAGUGAAACUGUAUCAAAAUAAAUUAGGACGGAGAUCGUAAAAGGGACUAUUACGCAAAUAUGAGAAAGUAUUGAGGCAGGGACUAGAGAAAUAAAAAGGCAAUAAAACAGCUCAUUUUGGGCAGUAUCCCUUUUCACCGUGAUACGUCAACGAGAAAGAAGAAGAUUUGUGAAGAAGAAGAAGAAUCCUAAGAAGAAGAUUCGAACAAGAUAGAUAGAUUUUUUUAGAUAAAUACCUUAGCAGCGAAGAAAUCUGAGCUUCAGAAUUUGAUUGAAUCUCUGAAAUCACAUUGCAAAUAGAUUCAUUAUCAAUCAAGGGAUCUUGUGUGCUUUUUUAUGGCAAAUUCAAAAGGUCCAUGUACCAUGAGAAAUAUGAUGUACAAUGGGAAGAGCUCUUUACUGCCUCCUAAAAGUCCCUUUCCUAGUUUGGCCCCAUCAUAUGUCGAUUAUGUCCCCAGUUCUGCUUUCAACCAAAAGGGCAUUCAGAAACCCAGAGAUGGACAUUCACACCAUCAGCGUACUUCCUCUGAAAGCUGUAUUAUAGAGGAGCAACCGUCUUGGUUCGAUGAUCUUCUUAAUGAGCCAGAAACUCCUGUACGCAGAGGCAGCCAUCGACGUUCAUCUAGCGACUCCUUUGCAUAUUUUGAUUCUGCUAACGCUGCAAACUUAGAUUACAUAGCUCAAGUUGAUAACAAGUUCAGAAAUAUGCCACCUAUCCCUUCGUGGGGGUCUCAAGACGUUGAUUAUUACAAAGAUGCUCGACAAGCUGCUUCUUUUGCCGAUCAAAACUCCUCAAUCCGACGCAAGAAUAGGGAAAAGGAUGUAUCUUCAACUACAGUAUCACAUCUCCGCAGCCUUUCCUCUCCUGGGGAAGAUCUCCGUAUUCAGAGGUCUGGAUCGCCAUGCCUCCCGCAAGACGGAGACAGGCCUAGAUCUGCGGGAAGUGACAAGCAGGAUGUAGCCGAAUCUGGCCCUCCUUAUCCAAGAGGGUCCGCUGAAAAAAAAGAUUCUUGUCAGAGUAAGAGUUCUUCAUCAGAAACAGACACAAAACGUGCGAAACAGCAAUUCGCUCAGCGGUCACGAGUCAGAAAGCUUCAAUACAUAGCUGAAUUGGAAAGAAAUGUACAAGCUUUGCAGGCUGAAGGUUCUGAAGUGUCUGCUGAGCUUGAAUUCCUUAACCAGCAGAAUCUUAUCCUCAGCAUGGAGAAUAAAGCCCUAAAGCAGCGCUUAGAAAGUUUAGCUCAGGAACAACUUAUAAAGUAUUUGGAGCAUGAAGUUCUGGAAAGAGAAAGAGGAAGACUACGAGCAUUGUAUCAGCAACAACAGCAACAGCCACAGCAACAGAAGCCAUCUUACAGCCAUCAUCGCAUCACUAGUAGGGAUCUCGAUCAACAACUUGCAAACCUCUCCCUGAUACAAAAAGAGGCCGAGCGUGAUGCUGUUUCAGGACAACUUCACAUUUGACCGUAACUGUGGCUUUGCCUUUAAUCUUGUCUUACUGAUUGUCCCUCAGUUGACUUUGCCAUGGAGUGACAGAAAUUCACGAUUUUCAUUGUGUGAGAUCAAGAAGAGGUCUUGCUUCCCAUGUGCUCACCUCCAACGGGUUUGUUCUCCUACUGUCUAAAUUGAUUCUAGUUCUUGUUUCAACAUUUUGUCUUUUACAUCAACAUUUGUUAAGCUUUUACGCGCACCUGGUGGUCAAUGCUAAAGAAUAGCAUUUGUCGCAGUUGACUCAUCUGAGGUGGUUAAAUCCAGCAUGAUAUCUCAUGUCUUUGUAUGUUGGGAGUGAUUAAAUUCAUCAGUUUCCCUUACUCUCUCUUUUGUAACAUUUUCCAACUUCUGAUUCCUCUAAUUUUAUCUCCAUGAAUGCGUUCUCAUUAACCAUGUAAUGUAAGCAUUGAUGGAGCUCCUUUCUGCUCAUUCCUUGUUUCUUCUUAAUGCAAUAAAAACAUUCAUGUUAAUUUUUAA